AUGGUUUCCAUGUUUGAUCCCGUCGAAUAUUUUCCACCAGAAGUGAUUGAAGUGAUUGCCUCGUACCUGCUAACAACAGAGCUUGCGGCCUGCUCGCGCGUCUGCUGGCAAUGGCGCCAGGCCUUCAAACAUUCGCUGUGGAGUGAAUUCAAGGAACCAAGGCAGGAGCAAGAGAAUGAACAAUCUACAGGAUUAAUUCAACCCAAUACCUCAUAUCUACAGUAUUUAAGAAACACUAUUCUAGAAAACGAGCAUCGAUUUCAAGUCUUGAGUCUUCAAAGUUUCGAGCUCGCUACUUUACUUACUAGGGAGGGGUCCAAAUGCGUUCACUUGAAACGACUUCACUGCAGAACCUUCAAUGCGCCUGUGUGUGAAUAUGAUUCUGGCGAUGCCAGUGUUCCUAUUGAUGGCUCUGGAGAUUCGGACAAUAUCUCCGAGGAGCUCCACAAAUACGCGACCUUAAUUGCACAGAAUCCGAACCUUCAGUCCUUUUCUUUUCAAAGUCUCUCUACAGCACGGAGUUACUUUUUUUAUAAGCGCCUUCUGUCCACGCUGAACAAUCAUUGCUUGAACAUCAGGUUCCUUACUCUUACUUCGAUACAAAUACCACUUUCAACCGUGCAAAUGCUAUUUUGGAGCCUACCAAAAAGACUCGAGGCUUUGGAUUUUCGAGCGAAUGCGAUAUUUUGGAGCAGCUAUAGUCAGAAUGGUGGACAAGAAUAUCCCUAUGAGCAGCUUCGAAGGCUUGUCAUUUCCAUUCGUGGACAUAGAUAUACUAAUAAUGUCUUCAGUGGCCUCCUGAGACGCUGCCCUAACUUACAAGAAUGUUGUGUCUUGGAGCUGUUCGACUAUGACAUGAGGUUCCUGUUCAUGGAUCUGUCCCGAUACUGUGUUGGACUCCAAAGCCUUGAGAUCACCCAACAGGCGGAUGUUUUGCACCCUAUGCUCCGCCAUAUCGAUCCAUUAAGCACCAAGCUUAAAACCUUUCAUUUGGGCGGAGAUUUUACAUGUCGCACAUUUUUUGUCGCCACUAUACUCGAUCUUUGGUGCAAUACCUUACAAGAUCUUGAAUUCGGACAGGAUGUGAGAUUUCACGCUCCUGGUCUCUUGAACAUUCUCACGAGAUGUCCUAGCUUGAGGCGAUUGGUGCAUAGGAUCCCUUAUGUCGACCCACCAACGCAGGCUAGGGACUACAUCAAUCGAGGUGGGUUGUUGUUGAGUGAUUUCAGAACCAAGUUUUGGGUCUGUCUUGGUCUACAAGAACUGGAGAUCUAUAUAACAGAUAAUCGACAUUUUGAAAGGGUUUGGACAAAUCAAACGCCACUAGAGCUGGUAUAUGAACAGCUGGGGGCACUGAAAGAUUUAAGGAAAUUGAGGCUUGGAUGGCUCUCUAUGAAAGACAGCGAACUAUAUAAUAGCCGUAUACGAGGUCCCCUGCGGUUAGAUUUUUCGCUCGAAGGCGGGCUUGAACUCCUGAGGGAUUUGAAACAGCUUGAAGAGUUGGAUAUCUUUCGUAUCCAUAAAAUCUUUGUAAGGCAAGCAGAAGUGGAAUGGAUGAAUGAGCACUGGCCUAGGAUACGAAGGAUCAGAGGUCUGUUGGAACAGAAACGAGAUGCGCUGAUGGCCGAAGAGCAGGACCAAUAUGAUGAGUGGGAUGAAGUUUACAGGGUUCCAUUUGUGGAUAGGAAUAAGGCUUGGGCCCGAAGGCCGGAGGAAGAGUUCGAACAUAUUAGCUGGUUGAGAAAACAACGACCCUGGGUAGAAAUUUGCUAA